AUUGGAAAAAUGAAACGGAGGAAGCAAGACGAAGGGCAGGUAUGUCCCCUCUGCAGCCGACCUCUGUCAGGAUCCGAGGAGGAGAUGAGUAGGCAUGUGGAACAAUGCCUUGCAAAGAGAGAAGGUUCAUGCAUGACUGAGGAUGACUCUGUGGACAUCGAGAAUGAAAACGGCAACCGCUUUGAAGAGUACGAAUGGUGCGGGCAGAAGAGGAUACGGGCUACUACGCUCCUGGAGGGAGGAUUUCGAGGUUCUGGGUUUAUCAUGUGCAGCGGCAAAGAGAAUCCAGACAGCGACGCUGACCUGGAUGUGGAUGGGGACGACACACUUGAAUACGGGAAACCACAGUACACAGAGGCAGACGUUAUCCCUUGCACUGGGGAAGAGCCAGGUGAAGCCAAAGAGAGGGAGGCGCUCCGAGGUGCUGUUUUAAAUGGUGGCACACCCAGUACUCGAAUAACACCGGAGUUUUCUAAAUGGGCCAGCGAUGAAAUGCCCUCAACGAGUAAUGGUGAAAGCAGUAAACAGGAGACCAUGCAGAAGACCUGUAAGAACAGUGACAUUGAAAAAAUUACAGAAGACUCUGCAGUGACAACAUUUGAAGCGUUAAAGGCUCGUGUCCGUGAGUUAGAAAGGCAGCUUUCCCGUGGGGACCGCUAUAAAUGUCUCAUUUGCAUGGACUCCUACACAAUGCCCCUGACUUCCAUUCAGUGCUGGCAUGUGCACUGUGAAGAAUGCUGGCUGCGGACUCUGGGUGCCAAGAAGCUCUGUCCCCAGUGUAACACCAUCACGUCUCCCGGAGACCUUCGGCGCAUCUACUUAUGAAGGACCCAGCAGGAGGGCGGGACCCAGCUACUCGGCUCAGCUCAUCCAUCACACCAAGGGGGAGAAGAACGACAGCAACAAAAAAAAGACGUUUUAAAAUUUAAAGAAAAAAACCAAACCAGAGACUCCAGACAUGGACUUGAGGAUACAGGAGCAGCAGGGAGCCUUGGCUCCCAGGUCCCGCAUGUUGAGACCUCCUUCAGCAUCUGCAGCGGGCAAAACCAAACCCUUUGUUGUGAAGCCCCCUUUUUUAAAACCAGUAUUCCCCAUCCACCCAUUCCCUGGAGCUGGCUUUGCAUCGCGGAUGGCUCGUGAGCCCUCCUUGGACUGUGUUGUUGACCACUCUGCCCCCAGGAGACUGGGGAAGGGACCCUUGACAGAAAUAUGUUAAAUAACCUGUAACUUGUGUUCUUUGUUCAGUUUUUUUGUUUUGUUUUUAUUUGUUUUGGUUUGGUUUUUGGUUUGGUUCUGUUUUGGUUUUUUGUGGUGUUCUAGUGAUAAAAAAAGGUUUAAAGAAAAAAAAAAAAAAC